AUGGACCUACGGGGUGCGAAGAGACGACUGUCGCGAAAAUGGCAGGUGACCUGUCUGGCACUAGCGUGCGUCCUGGAUUUAGUUUGGGGACAAAUUCGCUACUCAAUCCCCGAAGAGCUCGAGCACGGGGCUUUCGUUGGAAAUAUUGCGGAAGACCUGGGCUUAAAUGUCGAGAGACUUUCCGCUCGCAGGUUUCGAAUUGUGUCAGGUGCAAAAAAACAGUAUCUGGAGGUGAAUUUAGAAAACGGAGUUUUGUUUGUUAAUGAAAGAAUAGAUCGCGAGGAACUCUGUGAGCAAAGCAUCUCGUGCUCCUUUCAUCUGCAAGUGGUCAUAGAAAACCCUUUAGAACUCUACAGAGUAGAGGUAGAGAUUUUAGACGUGAAUGACUAUUCUCCCAGUUUUCCGUGGGGCGAGUUUAAUUUGGACAUAUCCGAGUCCGCGGUUACCGGAUCCCGCUUUCCUUUGGAGAGCGCGCAGGACCUGGAUGUCGGGAGCAAUUCUCUGCGCUCAUAUUUGUUAAGUGUGAACGAACAUUUUGUUUUGGACAUCCAGACGCGGAGUGAUGGCAGCAAAUUUGCAGAAUUAGUCCUGCAGAACUCGCUGGACAGAGAGCAGCAGAAAACACACCAGAUGGUUCUGACUGCUGUGGACGGAGGCUCGCCCGAGCGCUCUGGAACUGCACAGAUCAACAUAACAGUUUUGGAUGCAAAUGACAACGCUCCGGUGUUCGACCAGUCGUUUUACAGAGUGAGGCUUGUGGAAAAUGCACCUAAAGGCACAGUGGUGAUUAAGCUAAAUGCCUCAGAUCUUGAUGAGGGUCCAAACGCUGAUAUCACGUACUCAUUCAGUGGGCAUGCCCCCAUGAAGGUGCGCGAGCUUUUCAGCGUUGACUCGGGCACCGGAGAGAUCAAAGUCAAAGGACUAAUUGAUUAUGAGAAGGCUCGGAUGCACGAGAUAUAUGUUCAAGCUAAAGAUAAGGGUCCAUCGGCCGUGGCUGUUCACUGUAAAGUGCUGGUUAAUAUCUUAGACGUGAAUGAUAACCUUCCUGAGGUGAUUUUAACGUCCGUCUCCACACCUGUCCAAGAGGAUGCGCCUCCAGGAACGGUCAUAGCCGUUAUCAGCGUAAUGGACAAGGACUCCGGUGAAAAUGGGAAUGUUGACUGUGAAAUUCCGCAUCACGUCCCUUUUCAGCUCCAUUCCUCUUUUAAGAACUACUACACAUUAGUCACUAGCGAUUUUCUUGACAGAGAGAGAGUGCCCGAGUAUAAUAUCACACUCACCGCGAGAGACAUGGGCGCGCCUCCUCUAUUUACAAGGAAAACAAUACUCGUCGAAGUGUCAGACAUGAAUGACAACGCACCCCGAUUCAAGCAGCCUUCCUACACAGUGUAUUUGACGGAGAAUAACGCACCAGGAGCCUCUAUUUGCUCCAUAACGGCCAUUGAUCCUGAUUCGGACCAAAACUCAUAUCUGUCCUACUCUAUCCUGGAGGGUGACAUACAGGGGAUGCCCGUGUCCACCUACGUGUCCAUAAACUCUGACAACGGCAACAUUUACGCACUGCGUUCAUUCGACUACGAGCAGCUAAGAAACUUUCAGAUUUUAGUCCAAGCUCAAGAUGCCGGCUUCCCUCCACUGAGCAGCAACGUUACUGUAAACGUGUUUAUUCUGGACCAAAAUGACAAUGUUCCUGUCAUCCUAUCACCUGUACCAGUAAACGGCACGGCGGCGACUGCAGUGGUGCCCAGAACAGUGGAUGCUGGUUACCUAGUGACGAAAAUCACUGCGACGGACUCAGACGCAGGUCAAAACUCGCGUCUUUUCUAUCAGGUGCUGCAGGCUACAGACCCCAGUUUGUUCAGCGUUGCCCUGUAUACGGGUGAAAUCAGGACGAUUCGCCGUUUGGUUGAUAAAGACCCCAUAAGGCAAAGGCUGGACAUCCUGGUCAAGGACAACGGUCAGCCGCCGCUCUCGGCCACAGUUUCCAUCAUCCUGUCAGUUGUUGACAGCGUGCCAGAAUUGCAGCCUGAUUUCGGUGACCUCGCGUUGAGCCCCCAGUACCGCUCUAACCUUACUUUGUACUUAAUAGUAACCCUGGGCGCCAUCUCGUUCACGUUUCUGGUGGCUAUUAUUGUCCUGGCAACGAUAAAGGGUUACAGGGACAGACAUUCCAUUCGAGGUUACAGUUUCUCUGUCAGCGCUUGUUGCGGGUUUCCGUCAGAAGAGUCCGCCACGGACGUGUACAAGAAGUCCAACCUUAACGUGCAGAUAUCCACAGGCACCAAAGGAAGCACGAAGUGCGUGGAGCCUGGUAGCAGCGGCCCGCUGUCCCAGGCAUACUGCUACAAGAUGUGUCUGACCCCGGAAUCCUCCAAGAGUGAUUUCAUGUUCCUGAAGCCAUGCAGCCCGAUAACUGAAGCGCCGCAGAAUAACACCAAGACCAGCGAGUACCUCACCUCGGCAUGGAACUUACACGACAGCAGGCAGUUCGUCAACAACGGAGCUACAAGUCCAAACGAGCUCAAGCAAGCAAACAAGGACUGGACAUUGACAAAAAAUCAACGGAAUUCAGCACACAAGAGCUACAGCUCUGUGAACAUGGAGCGGACCCUUCCACCGAGGCCCAGGCAGGAUCCAGAUGGCUUCUCCUGCCCUGCACCCCCUCAGUACUGGACUUGGGGAAGCCACGCCCGGGAAUACAAGAUGUCCCAUCAAGGAAUCGGGGGGGUCCCAGACCAUUCCUGGACCCCAAGGUACACACAACCCCCCUCAGCCCAGCCUCCACCGGACUAUCAGCACAACGUUUACAUACCCGGCACGCCAUCUGGGUACUGCACGCUAAAGCCAGCCCUGAGAGGGGAGCUGGACGUCUACAACUCCUUCUCCACCUUUGGGAAGAAGAGGAGGCUGGUGUCUCACUACGAGCAGGGUCUGGAGAGAGAGGAUUCCCUGAUCAACAACCACUUCUUCAAAUGAGGGACAUUGAAUCUUGAGAGACUGAACACUGAAACAUUCUAACGUUCAAGAACUACUU